CACACACACACCGUGAUCCUGCUCCACGGUCGCGAUAGCCAAGCCCAAGAGUUCGCCUCUGAAUUCUUCGAGUGCGAGGCCUCAGACUGCGAUGCCUCAAAACCAGAGGCAGAAACCCCCCCAGCAGACCGGACGCUGCCGGCUCUUUUCCCCAUGGUUCGGUGGGUGUUCCCACAAGCGACAUCCCUCCCCUCUGAGCGCUUCGGCGUGGACAUGUCGCAGUGGUUCGACAUGUGGAGUGUUGAAAACGCCGAGGAGCGCCCCGACUUGCAAGUCCCGGGCUUGCUCUCCAGCGUUGCCUCCAUCAGAGAGCUGGUCAAGGUGGAGGAGUUGCUUGUGCCAAGGAAGAGCAUCUUUUUGGGCGGCAUCAGCCAAGGUUUUGCAACCGCACUGGCGACAUUCUUCGCCGACGGCAGCGGAGGGUUUGCUGGUCUCUGUGGCUUCUGCAGUUGGCUGCCGCUCGCCGACAAAGCUACAUGUAAGCUGAGCAUGGCCAAGCAAGGCCUCGACCAACUUCAACACAUGCAGAAACUCUACGCCAGUAGCGAUGGCCAGCAACAGGAGAAGCCGUCACGGAAUGCCCAGCUCAUCUCGACGCCAGUCCUUCUCGAGCACUGUCAAGAUGACGAGGUCGUCCCCAUUGCCAAUGGCGCCCGCAUGAGAGAUUUGUUGAGCCAGCUCGGUAUCAGCGUAGAUUGGCACGAAUAUGAGGAUGGGGGGCAUUGGAUCAAUGAGCCACAGGGCGUGGACGACUUUGUUCGCUUUCUG